AUGGUUUUUGGUCUAUUUUAUCAAAUCGGCGUUAGGGCCGUCCCUCGCACGGCAUUUCGGCGUUUCCUCCACGCCUCGCCUCGCCAUGACAAGCUGACGACGUUCAUGCUGAGUGACAUCGGCGAAGGUAUAUCCGAGGUGGAGCUGGUGCGAUGGCACAAGGCCGUUGGCGAGGAGGUGGAGGAGAUGGAGACGGUUUGCACCGUUCAGAGCGACAAGGCCGCCGUCGACAUCACGAGUCGCUACACGGGCGUGGUGAAGAAGCUCUACGUGGACACUGGCAACAUGAUCAACAUUGGCUCUCCGCUCAUGGAUAUUGACGCCGAGGAGCACACGGAAGUGCAUGCCGCGCCGGCGUCCGCGGAUGUCGCUAAGGCGGUGCCGCAGGAGCCCGCCGCCUCGUCAUCACCGACGACGCCAAACCAGGUCUUCCAGCGUAACAAGGCUGGGGGCGUCUCCGCCACUCCGGCCGUGCGCCAGUUGGCCAAACAACUUGGCGUUGACUUGGAAUCUGUGCAUCCCACGGGUUCCAUGGGCCAGGUGACGCGUGAGGACGUGGAGAAGCUGGCCGCUAGCAAAAACGCGGGUUCGGAGGUCCCCGGCAAGUUCGUCAAGUUCAACUCCGUCGGGCGCGGCAUGGUCAAGAGCAUGGUUGGCUCCCUCGAGGUGCCGCACGUCACCGUGGGCGAGGACCUCGACCUGACCGAGCUGCGCGCCUUUUACCGUGAGAAGCGCGCCGUGGAGACCGAUGUGAAGCUGACGAUGACGCCAUUCCUGCUCAAGGGGAUGUCCCUCGCUCUGUCUGCCAGCCCCGUGAUGAACUCGAAGUUCAUGGGCGACGGCUACAUGGAGUACUCGGAGCACAACAUCAACGUGGCGGUCGCCACGAAACAUGGCCUGCUCGUGCCCGUGAUCCACAACGUGGAGUCGAAGACCGUGCGCGAGCUGCAACAUGACCUCAUACGUGUGCAGCGCCUCGCCACUGAGAUGCGCCUGUCGCCGGAGGACAUUCGCGGCGGAACUGCGACUCUGAGCAACCUCGGCGCCAUCGGCGGCACCUACGUCAAUGCGCGUCUGUUCGGCGGGCAGGGUACCAUAGUGGCGCUCGGCGCUGCGCGGAAGCAGCCCCGCUACGUUGGCGACGCCCUGGUGCCGCGCGAGAUAGCGAUAAUGGGCGUCACCGCCGACCACCGCCACAUCGACGGCGCCGCCAUCGCGCACUUCGCCGCGAAUUUGAAGGCCAUCCUGCAGGACCUGGACAAGAUGCUACAGCACUACUGA